GUGACGGAGACAUUGUGAAUAAUAUGUAUGAGCCCGACCCAGACCUGCUGGCUGGCCAGAGUGCCGAGGAGGAGACUGAGGACAGCAUCCUGUCCCCCAUCCCCAUGGGGCCACCGUCCCCGUUCCCCACCAGCGAGGACUUCACCCCCAAGGAAGGCUCGCCCUACGAGGCCCCUGUCUACAUUCCCGAAGACAUUCCUGUCCCGCCAGACUUUGAGCUGCGGGAGUCCUCCAUCCCCGGGGCUGGCCUGGGGAUCUGGGCCAAGCGGAAGAUGGAAGUCGGGGAGAGGUUUGGCCCCUACGUGCUGGCGCCCCGGGCCGCACUGAAGGAAGCCGACUUCGGAUGGGAGCCAAUGCUAACAGAUACGGAGGUGUCGUCCCAGGAAGGCUGCAUCAAGAAGAUCUCCGAGGACCUGGGCAGCGAGAAGUUCUGUGUGGAUGCUGGCCAGACGGGGGCCGGCAGCUGGCUGAAAUACAUCCGCGUGGCAUGCUCCUGUGACGACCAAAACCUCACCAUGUGUCAGAUCAACGAGCAGAUUUAUUACAGAGUCAUUAAGGACAUCGAGCCGGGCGAGGAGCUGCUGGUGCACGUGAAGGAGGGUGCCUACUCCCUGCGCACAGUGCCGCCCAGCCUGGACGAGGAGCCCACGUUCCGCUGUGACGAGUGUGACGAGCUCUUCCAGUGCAAGCUGGACCUGCGGCGCCACAAGAAGUACACGUGCGGCUCGGCGAGGGCCGCGCUGUACGAGGACCUGGGGGACGAGCUCAAGCCUGAGGGCCUCGGCGGCAGCGGCAGCGAUGGGCAGGCUCACGAGUGCAAGGACUGUGAGCGAAUGUUCCCCAACAAGUACAGCCUGGAGCAGCACAUGAUCGUCCACACGGAGGAGCGAGAGUACAAGUGUGACCAGUGUCCCAAGGCCUUCAACUGGAAGUCCAACCUCAUCCGCCACCAGAUGUCCCACGACAACGGCAAGCGCUUCGAAUGUGAAAACUGCGUGAAGGUGUUCACAGACCCCAGCAACCUACAGCGGCACAUCCGCUCCCAGCACGUCGGCGCACGGGCCCACGCCUGCCCAGACUGCGGCAAGACCUUCGCCACGUCCUCCGGCCUCAAGCAGCACAAGCACAUCCACAGCACGGUGAAACCUUUCAUAUGUGAGGUCUGCCACAAAUCCUACACGCAGUUCUCCAACCUGUGCCGCCACAAGCGCAUGCACGCCGACUGCCGCACGCAGAUCAAGUGCAAGGACUGCGGGCAGAUGUUCAGCACUACCUCGUCCCUCAACAAGCACCGGCGCUUCUGUGAGGGCAAGAGCCAUUACACACCGGGCAGCCUCUUCCCCCCAGGCCUGCCCUUGACCCCCAGCCCCAUGAUGGACAAGGCCAAGCCCUCCCCCAGCCUCAACCACGCGGGCCUGGGCUUCAACGAGUACUUCCCCUCCCGGCCGCAGCCCAGCGCCCUGCCCUUCUCCGCAGCCCCGCGGGCCUUCCCCGCACUCACGCCCGGCUUCCCGGGCAUCUUCCCUCCUUCCCUGUACCCCCGGCCGCCUCUGCUACCUCCCACGCCACUGCUCAAGAGCCCCCUGAACCACACCCAGGACGCCAAGCUCCCCAGCCCCCUGGGCAACCCGGCCCUGCCCCUCGUGUCUGCGGUCAGCAACAGCAGCCAGGGCGCCGCGGCAGCCACGGGGCCAGAGGAGAAGUUCGAGGGCCGCCUGGAGGACGCAUACGCAGACAAGGUCAAGGCGCGGAGCCCUGACAUGUCCGACGGCAGCGACUUCGAGGACAUCAAUACCACCACGGGCACCGACCUGGACACCACCACGGGGACGGGCUCCGACCUGGACAGCGAUGCGGACAGCGACCGAGACAAGGUCAAGGACAAGGGCAAGCCAGCAGAGGGCAAGCCUGAGUUCGGGGGCAGCUCCCUGCACCCAGGGGCCGCCAACAGCGUGGCAGAGGUGCCGGUGUUCUACUCCCAGCACUCCUUCUUCCCGCCGCCUGAGGAGCAGCUGCUGACCGCCUCGGGCGCCCCCGGCGACUCCAUCAAAGCCAUCGCUUCCAUCGCGGAGAAGUACUUCGGGCCCGGCUUCAUGGGGAUGCAAGAGAAGAAGCUGGGCUCCCUGCCCUACCACUCGGUCUUCCCCUUCCAGCUCCUGCCCAGCUUCCCUCACUCCCUCUACCCCCUCGCGGACCGCGCCCUCGCCCACAACCUGCUGGUCAAGGCCGAGCCAAAGUCACCCCGGGACACCCUCAAGGCAGGUGGCCCCAGCGCCGAGUGCCCGUUUGACCUCACCACCAAGCCAAAAGAGGCGAAGCCCAUCCUCCCCACUCCCAAGGCACCCGCAGCCCCCGUGUCCGGCGAGGAGCAGCCGCUGGACCUGAGCAUUGGCAGCCGGGCCCGCGCCAGUCAGAACGGGGGCGGCCGGGAGCCCCGCAAGAACCAUGUGUACGGCGAGCGGAAGCCGGGGCCUGGCGAGGGGCUGCCCACAGUGUGCCCCGCGCAGCUGCCACAGCAGCCAUCGCUGCACUACGCCAAGCCCUCGCCCUUCUUCAUGGACCCCAUCUACAGCAGGGUAGAAAAGCGGAAGGUGACAGACCCCGUGGGCGUCCUGAAGGAGAAGUACCUGCGGCCGUCCCCGCUGCUCUUCCACCCCCAGAUGUCAGCUAUCGAGACCAUGACGGAAAAGCUAGAAAGCUUCGCGGCCAUGAAAGCUGACUCUGGUGGCUCCCUGCAGCCCCUGCCCCACCACCCCUUCAGCUUCCGGUCCCCACCCUCCACGCUCUCAGACCCCAUCCUCAGGAAGGGCAAGGAGCGGUACACGUGCAGGUACUGUGGCAAGAUCUUCCCCAGAUCAGCAAACCUCACCAGACACCUGAGGACGCACACCGGGGAGCAGCCAUACAGGUGCAAGUACUGUGACCGCUCCUUCAGCAUCUCCUCCAACCUGCAGCGGCACGUGCGCAACAUCCACAACAAGGAGAAGCCCUUCAAGUGCCACCUGUGCAACCGCUGCUUCGGCCAGCAGACCAACCUGGACCGGCACCUCAAGAAGCACGAGCACGAGGGCGCGCCAGUGGGCCAGCACCCCGGGGUCCUCACCAACCACCUGGGCACCAGCGCCUCCUCCCCCACCUCCGAGUCAGACAACCACGCACUUUUAGAUGAGAAGGAAGACUCCUACUUCUCCGAGAUCAGAAACUUCAUCGCCAACAGCGAGAUGAGCCAGGCGUCCACUCGAACGGACAAGCGGCCAGAGACCCAGGAGCUGGACGGCGACGCCCAGUGUCCAGGCUUGGCCAGUGAGAAGCCAGAGGACGUGGAGGAGGAGGAGGAGGAGGACCUGGAGGAGGAGGAUGAGGACAGCCUGGCCGGGAAGUCACAGGACGACAUGGUGUCCCCCACGCCCGAGCCGCAGGGUGUCUAUGAGGACGAGGAGGACGAGGAGCCGCCUGCAGCCCUGGCCGUGGGCUUCGACCACACCCGAAGGUGUGUUGAGGAGCGAGAAGGCGGCCUGUUAGCCUUGGAGCCGACGCCGACCUUUGGGAAGGGGCUGGACCUCCGCAGAGCAGCUGAGGAAGCCUUUGAAGUUAAAGAUGUGCUUAAUUCCACCUUAGAUUCUGAGGCUUUAAAACAGACUCUGUACAGGCAGGCUAAGAACCAGGCGUAUGCAAUGAUGCUGUCCCUUUCCGAGGAUGCGCCCCUCCACGCCCCCUCGCAGAGCUCCUUGGGCGCUUGGUUGAACAUCACAGGAGCCACGUCAGAGCCCGGAGCCUUUAACCCCAUCAACCACCUCUGAGGGGCCGGGGGCCCCAGGACCAGAGUCCAGAGCCAGAGCAUCUGCUUCGGGGAUGCAGGGAGGCAGGGAGAAGCCCCGCUACCCUCGGCACCACCCUUGGCGUGCAGCCCACCCUCCACCCCUCCUCCGUCCAGUGCUAACUUUUCCAAUGAAAACUCAGAAUCCGCAAGUCCAUGAAGCAGCGGCAGAGCUGUCCUGUCUCCAAGGACAGGUCCUGAGGACACCGACCCAUCGAAGACCCCAUCACAGGAGCUGCCCGGAGGACCAGCACUGGGGCGAGCGUGGAAUCUCAGUUCCCAGCGGCCACCGCCAGGCGCCUGCAGGGCACAGAGGGGGCAGAGGACGCAGGUGUGUGCUGAGGACGGAGAUCUCUCUCGCCGACAAUUUUCAUAAUGAAAGUGACGAGAAUAACCCUUUUGGUAAUUGUAUUGACUACAGAGUCUAUUUAAGCAUGUGGGUUUUAAAAAUAGACAGUAUUUUUUAAAAAUCAAAAAAAUGACUUGCAAAUUGUUUUUUAAAAGUAAUUUUGCAUUGCUUUGAAAUUCAGCUUACUUGCAAACCCGAGCCUGCCUGGGCGACCACACCAGGCUCCGGUGUGUCCUUUAUACUGUAGAUAAUGGAGAAUUUUCUAUCUCUGAUCCUAUUUGUACAAGCCAAGGUGAUUCUGGGUGCCCCGGAAACGGAAUGAGGCGCAGGAUCCACCCUUUCCAGCAGUGUGCAGACUCUGCUGGAACCUUAAGGCGCCCCCAUGUGGCCUGCAAGGAAUCCACAGGCCCCACCCAAGAACCCCCAAUUGUGUGGAGACUUUGGGGGGGCUCCGGUCCUCCAUGCAGAGGUGCGGCCAGGUGCCCCGCGGUCCUUCCAGCCCCGUCCUACCCCGGCCGCCCCGAGGAUGGCCCUGGCCUCUGCUCUCCCGAGGGCAGAGCCGAAGGGCUGCUUUCUGGUCUCCAGCCUCCACCCGCAGCGGGGAGGUUCUCCCCGAGGUCGCCACCGGGGCCCCUGCAGCUGCCCCUCUCCAGGACGCCAAGUGCUUCUGUGCCUAAAACCUGGGAUCAACCGCGCGGCCACCAUGUCCACUCUUUGUGCAGGUUCUUGGCAGGCCAAAGUCGAGGACAGAAGGGUCCUGGGGACCCGGCACAAAAGGCGGAGAGGACACAGCCCGAGGGACCUCCAGUUUCUUCCUCUGGAUGUGUCUGCUUCUCCCUUUGGAUGGGCUUUAAAUUAUUCCCAUAGGGGCCAAUUUCAAAUAAUAAUUUCUUUUCCCUGAUGGAAUUUACCUUAAUCUGUAUAUAACUUGUAAUUUUUUCUAAUUCAUUUCUCUUCUUAUUUUAUUUCUUCCUUAACAGUAUUUUUGGCAUUAGACAUUCUUAUUGUGAAGAAAUAAUGUUAAUAUAAGUAUCUAGUGAAGGACCAAAACCGUGUAAUAAGGUGUGUUGUGUGAUCAAUCACCAGGAGGGGGGCGGUUUUAAAUGUGCCAAAUACCCCCGCGUCCCCCCACGAAUCCUGCUGUCACCGCUGCCCACUUAUCAGACAAUCAUAUGUUUUUGUUAAAUUUGAGUUUCAGUCGCAUUUGCAUUGAAGACAAGUGUUCUAUUUAUUUUGUUGUUUGGAAAACAAAAGUAAUGAGUGUCCCAACAAGAAGAGAAGAAAAAAAAAUUGCCUAAGUUGCCCUUAAGCAAAGAAGACAGAAAUGCAAACUAGUGUGACACAAACCACGUUUGUGUGGAUCUGUGUCACACUAUGGACAUCUAUCAGCGUUUGUCCCCAGGGGCAAAAGGGCAUGUCCCACAGGGCUUGUCCCACGUGCGUCCCAGGCACUCUGGACCACAGGCGCCUGCGUCUUACCGGGCCAAGCGGGCCUGCCCCGGAGGCUGGUGGCAGGGAGGUCUCCACGGGCCACAUAGACCCAAAGAUUGUGGCAGAAAAGGGUCUCCUUUUGCUAAGUCCAAGCAAUGUGGCAAGAUGGAGAGCCACCCAUGCGCCCACAGACUGGAGAGGUCGGCGGAGGAGCCACACCGUCAGGAUUUUCGAACGAGCGAGCUCACACCUCUGCACAAGCGUCCGUGGCAUCCAGGCCUGCCAGGUACCGUGGUAGGAGUUUCCAACUUCCUCUUGAUCCACAUGGGAUCCCUGUAAAAGUCCAACCUCAGAUACCAACACCCCAUUUCUGUAAACCCAAAUUAUAUGAUUUCUUCUGUGAAAGAA